GACACACGGACAACAGGAGAACAAGAUCAGUUCAACAUGAGUAAGGAGAAAUAUCAAGGGUUUUACAGUGCCACAGACUCCUAUGAGAGGAGGAUCAUUCUAGUUGGCAAGACGGGCGUGGGGAAGAGUGCAGCUGGAAACACCAUCUUGGGCCGAGAGGCUUUUGAGUCUGAACUAUCUCCAUCCUCCAUGACAGCUGAAUGCCAGAAAGCUAAAGGGAAUGUUGGAGGCCGAAAGAUUGCUGUUAUUGACACUCCAGGACUGUUUGACACUAAUUUCACUGAAGAGGAAGUGUUGAAGAGGAUCAAGAUGUGCAUCUCACUGUCUGCACCUGGCCCUCAUGCUUUCCUGGUGGUUCUUCAGCUGGGCAGGUUCACCCAGGAGGAGAAGGACACUGUUAAGAUGAUCCAGACCACUUUUGGUGAAGAUGCCGCCAAUUACACAAUGGUGUUGUUUACUCAUGGAGACCAGCUGAGAAGCCAAUCUAUUGAGGGCUACAUUUCAGAGAGUGCUGAUCUGCAAGCCUUCAUUCGCUCGUGUUAUGGUCGAUACCAUGUCUUCAAUAAUGAAAUCAAAGAUGCUGUGCAAACCAACCACCUCCUGGACAAAAUUGACAAGAUGACCAUGGCCAACAACGGAAGCUACUACACCAAUGACAUGUUCAUGAAAGCAGAGGAGGCCAUAGAGAAGGAGAAACAGAGACUCCUGCAGGAGAUGGAAACUAAGAAGCAGAGAGAGCUGGAUGAACUGAGGGCCAAAUGUGCGUCACAGAACGUCUACCGCAAGGAGGAGAGGCGGGUGCAUGUCAGAUAUGAGCAUGAAGCCAGAGCUCGAGCAGAAAAAUCUAAUGGCUUCAUAGCUGCUCCAGUGAUUGCUAUAACAACAACCUGCGGUGCAGCAGUUGGUGGUCUGAUUGGAAUUGUGGGAGGUCCAAUAGGUUUAGUGGUUGGAGCUGCAGCUGGAGCAGCCAUUGGAGCUGGUGUUGGCGUUCUGUCAGUGAAAGUCUCUGAGCAUUGCAAGGUUCAGUAACAACAAAGAAGCACAC